UCAAACAGAAUAGUUCGUUCGUGAAUCUGUUUCCUAUCUAUAUCGACAAAUACGAUAAAAAAAAGCCAAGAUUGGGUGAUCUAUCGACGUGAAAGCGUUUCGGACGCAUCCGGAUACAAGGCUAGCCAGCUGCGCCAUUCUUGUUGUGUGACAUUCAUAUCAUCAGCUACACUACACAUAUUUUGCAUUGCUUUACCCUUUCAUUGUAGUGGUAGUAAGCUGUCAGUCACACAUUGCAGGAAUGGACACAUCGGGCUUGCCUGUACCGGAUGCAAUCCACUCGUUACUUGAACAAUUGCAAGAAGCUCUGGUUCUUGAAGUAAAAUAUCAACCUAACCUUCAGUUACCUAGUAUAUCACAAAAUGAUGAAAUAACAAUUGGAGCUCGUGAUGGAUCAGCCCAUGUUUUAAGGUGUUUGAAAGUAUGGUAUGAUCUACCAUCGGAUGUAUUUUUUGUUGCCAUCAAUUUAAUGGAUCGAUUUUUAACAAAAAUGAAAGCAAGGCCAAAACAUAUGGCUUGUAUCAGUGUAUCUGCUUUUCACAUAGCUGCUGUCCAGUUAGCACAGUCACUGGAUGCUGAUCACUUAGUCUCAAUUUCUCAGUGCAAAUGCACUGCUGGUGAUCUAAAACGUAUGUCAGAAGUCAUACGGAAUAAGUUAGAAUGGGCACCUGGUACUCAACCUGUUACAUCUUUGACUUUUCUUCGGUUAUUUAAUGCAAUGUUUCUUGCAAUUGCAUCACAAUUAGGGCUAGGAGACAUGUAUACUGAUAUUGUUACGGAAUCUGAGCUUCUUCUUAGGUUAGAGAUGGUUAUAUGUGAUGGUAAUUGUGCAAGUUUGAAGCCAUCAGAAGUGGCACUUGUUUUACUUUGCACGUAUUUAGAUGGUGCAGUGAAUCGAUUAGAUACUAGUACAGAUAUUCCCAUAUCUACAACUGCUAUUCCUAGUUCCUCUACUAUCAAUACAUCUGUAACAUCAAGGCAUCAAAUGUUUAGACUUAUGGACUUUUCUAUAGAACUCCAGAAAAUAUGUAAGAUUUCAGAUGCAAGUUUUUUUUCUACACACGAAGCUGUGGGUGCUAUAUUGAGCAAAUAUAAUGCUCAAGAGCAAACCCCUCACAGACAAAGACUGAUAUGGAGAUUAUCUUCUCGUACAGCACGCCUUUUACGUCCUACUGACAGGUUUACUUCUGUAUUACCUGUUAUUGCCGAACAUGCUCCGGUUCCUUCGCCGAGUAAAAUUAGAAAGAAUCGUAAGUUCGGCCGACGUCAUGGAAAUAAGAGACGUUAAGUAGCAGUAUCAUCAAGGCCUUAAAGUGCUGGGUCAAAAGUUCAAUAUUUAUUCAACGUACCAAGCAAGAGAAAAAGUUAGACUUCGGUUUGAAAUUAAAAAUGAAUUUUAUUAGAAGUUGAAUAGAAAGUACAAAUAUCAAUGUGUUUAUGUCGAAUAGCGAAAUUCGAAAUACCUCCCUUUUACGUCAUGUAUUAAAACAC